AUGAAGGUGCGUGUGGAGCGAACUUCUUCCGCAGCUUCGGCUGCACAAAUUUCCGGAGCUUACUUCGGGCAUGUGUAUCCUUUUCACUUCUUAGUACGUCCACGCCGGCUGCCUCGAAGAGUGGAGGAGACUCUCGCCGCGCAGCUCUUCAGCUUUGAGGUGCGAUCAGUGCCGUGCCCCUUACCGCUUCAAAAAGUCUCGCUUCGUUGGCUUUGGUACCUCGCCAGGUCUGGUAUUGCUCGUCUCUAUGCUGUUAUUCGGCAUCUUGGCUUACGGCGCGGGCGUGAUCUGCGAGCUGGCGUAUAGCAGAUUCGAUUCUAGCGUCAUCGAAGCGAAGGUGGAGCGAGAACAGCUGGACUUCAAAAUGGUAGACACUUCGCACGGAGUACGCUUCUAUGUCCGAGGCGAAGGCGCGGGAUCGGACACGUCUCCUCGCAUCAUGACGUACGCCCAACUUCUGCGUCACUUCCGCUACGGCGAUCCCCGACAGCGCACCGCCAAAGAUGCUGGGAGCUUCUUAAAGUUUCUGUACGAGUUCUCGGCCGACUACGACACUGAAGCUGCGGGUUUCAUCGCAAUGGCUGGAGCAUGGACCGGUGUUGCCGAUCCAGAUUACGGCAAGAGCGACAAGGAGCUGCGCAAAGCCCAAGAAAAGUACAGCGAACAGCGCGAGCUUGCAGCGAAGCAGGGUUGGUGGUCCGAGCUCAAGUGGGUUUGGCUGCAUGGAGAGGAUGCACCAGGGACUGCAAGCACCGUCUCCUCUGCUCCACCUGCGCCGCCUUCGGCGCGAGAGACAGAGCCUGUCGCAAGCGUACCCGACCAUCAUGCACAGGCUGCUUCGAGCUCAAGUCCGAUUGUGGCUCGCAAGUGGUAUUCCCUUCUUAUAGGGAACGCUGAGCGACCGCAGCUUGAGGACAGUGUCGGAGACCAAAGGCGAUUCACCAAGCUUUGUCCAACGGAAGUGCAAGACGAUGCUGCAAGCAGCCGCAAGGGCGCGCAGCAAGGCGAAUGCAUCACGACAGAGCUCGUCAAGGAAAAGUUGAUGGAUGACUUGUCAAAACAGGAGACUUGGCCUAUUCGUGUCGUCACACAGAGUAAGUGGUGCUCCACUGCUUUCGCGCAGAGGUGACGUACGUAGCUCAUUCGUGAACCGCGACGCUCAAUUCUACAUGUCCAGUGCUGCUCGGCUUGUUCGUCAUUGGAGCUGGCUCUCUGUUGCAAGUAUUGAUGUCGCUACUUUUCACGCCGUUUGGCAACUGGGGCGUGGGUCGUCAUUUCGCACGGCGCGAGGCGCGCAACAGACGAGGAAGAAAUGGAGGAGAUGGUGGCGCCAUGGAUACAGUCAUCAUCGUGCUAGGCGUCCUCUUAAUCCUCUUCGGAAUACUCAAAGCGGCCUACGCAGUCUACAAGGCUGUGAAUUCCUUUUCCAGACGUGCCCUCGGUCAAGUCGAGGACUAUCUCGUCGACUGGACGGGAGAGGAUGAAGACGCGCCCCGUCCGCAUCGGAUCGAGCAAGAGUGGGCGCCAGCUCGAGCUGGGCCCGUCCAUGCCUGA